ACUGUUUCUGUGUAACAUUAAGCACGGCUUGCGAGCGGCGGUAAGUACCGACUAAUUUACGGCGCUGAGGCUCGUCUUCUCUUCGUGUUUACACACACACACACACACACACACAGUUGUGGCGAUAGAUUACUGUCAUACUCCCGUUUUCUUUCUGGAAAUCAUCAUGUUCCUCGAUAUUUCUAUAAUUUGACUGUGGCAAAAUAAUUGCGUGUAUACACACAGUGAGUGUGUGUUUGUGUUCGCAUACUCUCUGUGUAAACUAAGUGUGUGCGUGCCUAUUAUAUACAAGUAGUAUGUCGUUACUGUCUGUGUGUAAAUGUGCAUAAAUAUACCCCUGUAUACAUACAGUGCGUAUGUGUGUGUUUGUGUUAUGUACAGGCUGUACUCUGGGUGCUGUGUGUGUGUAUACUCUGUUCAUGCUGUGCGUACACACUGUAUGUGUCCGUAUAAAAUAUUACCUUCAAACGUGUUUAUAUAAUAUAUACGUACACGUGUAUGUAUAGAUAGAUAGAUUAUCUAUACACUCGCGCGCGAGCGCACUGUACAUACUCCGUGUGUUCAGUAAUGAAGGCAGGACCGCCUCACACUAAUCGGGCUGAUUAAAAAUUCCUGCGCGCGGAGCCGGAAAUCGCGCCUCCCUCCAUUCCUUCCACUUUUACUUUAUUUCUGCUCCGCGCUCGCGGCCGGGACUUGCUGGGGCACCGCAGCCGGACUCGGGCGCUCGGGCGGAGGGAGCGGAACGGAACGGAACGGAGCCUCUCCCUGGAAAGCCGCCGCGUUGGCUCUUAUUUCCUACUGGAAUGAGGGAGAGACGGAGGUGGUGGAGAAGGAGGAGGAGGGGAGUGAUGAGUCAAUACAACUAAUAAUUUAAUGGGCACGCGGAGGGAGAGGAGCUUAGAGACAGAGAGAAAGGAAGAGAGAGAAAGGGGAGAACGGCGAAGCAGAGCUCCGUCCAGCCCCGGAUGAACACGAGCGCUAGCCGGGCUGUCAUGCGCUUUCAGCGGACAUAAUCGGGUUCGGAGGUCGCGUAGCGAGCGCCACUUUGUAUACCUGUGUGCGCGGCGCGUCGAGCAUCACGCGGGUCCCUUCCUGCUCUCUUCGUCAUCCUCCUCUCCGCGGUCAUCCCCGGGACCGGGGGGGCGAUGAACCUCCAGCGCCGCUGCCACCGCCACGCUCCUCGGUUGAGCUCCGGGACCGACACGACGCCGCGCUGAUCCGACGUCCGCUCUCCGGCUUUUCUCCUCUCCAUCUCGGCGCCGGAGCUCGUCCCCCAAACUCCCCGGGAGAGCAGCUCGUACUUCCGAAUGCACAUGUGUCCGUAAUUCUGCAAAUAAACUUUUUUUUUUUUUUUUUUUUUUUUUUUCCCCCUCGCAGCUUUCGCUCGGUAGGUCGCUGCAUUGUGCUGGACGUGUUAAUACCAUAACAGCAUCCGCGGUGAAAGCAGCGCUUUUCUGCUGUUUCGUCAACCCGAGCGCCGCUCAUCACCGCGCUCCUGCUCGCUCAUCACUCGCUGAACAUAUUUAUUUUCUGUUUUUUUUUUUUUUUUUUCCUUCUUCGGGGAAAAGGACCAUUUGAAUCAGGGAGAAACUGCUCGGCAGAACAGAAGACUGCUUUUAAUGUCCUUUGUGGCGCAGAGGCCACGGAAACUUUGCGGGGGGGCUUUGAUUCCGAUCUGACGGAGUUCGGAUUCGGGGAAAGGACCACCUGCACGGGUUGUAUGUGCCCCGCGCUUCUCAGGUGCCGACUUUUUUUUUCCCCUCCAGGUGACCGUGAGUGGUGGCACUGGGAAUGAUGGACCACCUCAAUGAAGCAUGCCUUGGGAAGGAGAACUCUGAGCUGCCCAGUAGCAUCGGAGAGCCCAAGGGACCCCCGGCCAAGAUGGCCCGGCUGGAGCAGAACGGCAGCCCCCUGGGGAGGGCUCGUCUGGGAAGCACAGGGGCAAAGCUGUCAGGCAUCUCACUCAAGCCCUCAGGACACCUUGUCAAGUCUUUUCACAAGAGAGGCAACAUGCUGCCCGUGUUCUGUGUCGUGGAGCACCAUGAGAGUCCUGUUGAGUUUGUGGACAGCAGAGAAGAACAUGCUGAGUUUGUGCUGGUGAGGAAGGACAUGCUCUUCAACCAGUUGAUAGAAAUGGCCCUGCUGUCCCUCGGCUACUCCCAUAGCUCUGCAGCCCAGGCCAAAGGUUUGAUCCAGGUGGGCAGGUGGAACCCCGUCCCCCUGUCGUAUGUGACGGAUGCCCCUGACGCCACAGUGGCAGACAUGUUGCAGGAUGUGUAUCAUGUGGUCACCCUGAAGAUCCAGCUGCACAGUUGUCCUAAGCUGGAGGACUUGCCCCCAGAGCAGUGGACCCACUCCACAGUAAGGAAUGCCCUGAAGGAGUUGCUCAAAGACAUGAACCAGAGCUCCUUGGCAAAGGAAUGCCCCUUAUCACAGAGUAUGAUUUCGUCCAUUGUGAACAGCACUUACUAUGCAAACGUCUCCGCAGCCAAAUGCCAGGAAUUCGGCCGCUGGUAUAAACACUUCAAGAAGACAAAAGAUAUGAUGGUCGUGUGCCAACCCUCUCAGCUGGAGGGCUACCUGGGCACCUGUGUCCUCCUUGACAGCCCCCGUGCCAACACAGUAGCGGAGAUGGACAGCCUAUCGGACCUUCCCCCACCAGGCGCCAACCACGUGAGCUACAGCCAGCAGCCCAUACCAGGCAGCACCGCAGAGCAGCCCCCGUCUUCGCCUGCUCCGCUGUCCCAUGGUGGCCAGCCUUCGGUCCGUGCUCAGCUGCCCGGUCUACACCCUGGCCUGGUGUCCACGCCCAUCAGCCCACAGUUGGUGAACCAGCAGCUUGUCAUGGCGCAGAUCCUUAACCAGCAAUAUGCUGUCAACCGCCUCUUGGCCCAGCAGUCCCUCAGCCAACAGUAUCUGAAUCACCCACCUGUCAACCGGGCCCUUGGCAAACCACUGGAGCCACAGGGUGCUGCCAGUGCCGAAGUGUCCUCUGAGAUCUACCAAUGGGUGCGUGAUGAGCUGAAGAGGGCAGGCAUCUCCCAGGCUGUGUUUGCUCGCGUGGCCUUUAACAGGACACAGGGGCUGCUGUCAGAGAUCUUGCGCAAGGAGGAGGACCCGAAGACGGCAUCGCAGUCCUUGCUAGUGAACUUGCGUGCAAUGCAGAGCUUCCUGCAGCUGCCCGAAGCCGAGCGUGACCGUAUCUACCAGGACGAGCGUGAACGGAGCCUGAGCGCCGCUUCGGCCAUGGGCCCCGCACCACUCAUUAGUGCUCCGUCUCCCCGACCCACCCAGCCUAGGAGGGAAGACUGCAGCAAUGCCAGGCAGGACGAGUGGCACCCGCGCAUCCCUGUCGGAGUCUCUCCUGCAAAGUUGUCGCCACUCCCCAGCGAGCGGAACGGGAAGUCCGAGAGCUGCGUGCUGAACAUCACUGCCUCCAUUUACGAUGAGAUCCAGCAGGAGAUGAAGCGUGCCAAGGUGUCGCAGGCCAUGUUCGCUAAGGUGGCUGCCUCCAAAAGCCAGGGUUGGCUCUGCGAGUUACUGCGCUGGAAGGAGGACCCGUCUCCAGAGAACCGGACCCUAUGGGAGAACCUCUCCAUGAUUCGCCGCUUCCUCAGCCUGGCCCAGGCAGAGCGCGAUGCUAUAUAUGAGCAGGAGAGCAGCGGGGGCCAGCAGCACCACACUGAGCGGCCGGCCCAUCACCUGCAUGUCCCCACAGACCCCACACAGUGUCAGUCCCAUCAGCCCCAGCAGCAAUCCCCGCUGGCCCAGCAGCACCCGCCCCAGGCCUCACUUUCCCAGCAGCCCCUGCAGCAGUCACCGCAGCAAGCAGGGCCGCGGCUACCCCCUCGGCAGCCCUCCACGGCCUCACCUGCGGAGUUGUCGGAGGACAAGGCGCGGCCAGGCAGCAGGAUCUCGCUGGAAGCCCUGGGCAUCCUGCAGAGCUUCAUCCAGGAUGUGGGGCUACAUCCGGACGAGGAGGCCAUCCACACGCUGUCUGCCCAGCUGGACCUGCCCAAGCACACCAUUGUCAAGUUCUUCCAGAACCAGCGCUUCUACGAGGGCCACCGCCAGGGCAAGCCCAAGGGCCCAGCGGGCCUCGAGCACGAGGAGCCGGAGGAGGAACAGGUUGAGGACGAAGAGGAGGAGGAAGAUCAGGCAGAUGCAGAGGAGGACGAGCUGCUCAAGGGGCUGGAUGAGAGCACGCAGACCAACAGCACCAUCUUCUCCAUCAAGAUCGAGGAGCACCUACCGGAAACCGUCCACAUUGGCUCAGGCUACGACUCAAAAGAGUAACGUUCUCGUGUUCUCUCCGCCGCAUUUUUACAGUGCCGAUGUAAUUCUAUUUAAAUAAAUUCAGUAAUACUGUGGUAUUACUACUUUUUUGUGUGUUUCCUCUUUAAUUUUGUGAAAUCCUGUAUUAUUCACUGUAAGGACUCAUGAGCAUUUAUUAACUUGCACAAAAAAGAUAAAAUGUUACGUGGAUAUUUGCCGACUGCACUUGACUUGUCCGUUGUUCUCACACUUGAUAUGAGCUACUGAUGAAGGCGCUGAAGCUUGACAGAGGACGUUUACAUUUGUGGUGUUCACUGGAUUUUUAACACGCGCGUUUGGUGGAACCAGUCGAUGACAAAGGCCUUAACGAUAGGUUGCUGGGUCUGACACCUGCUGGCAGCGUUUAGCUAUUCUUUUAAAAACAGACGAAAGGACUUCGUGAUGCUCAGAACUCUGGAACCAGAUGCCACACAGUUGCUGUGGGGAGUGAGCCUCCCUUUUCUAAUAUUAUUUGUUUGGAAGAAAUAGAUGUAUAAAUAAAGACGUAUAUUAACUGUAAAAAGAAUACAGUUCAAAUAAACUAUGCCAACAAAUGCCUUGUACAAUAUGGCACUGCCGUAGUUUGAAUUUUUUUGCAAAAAUUUUGUCGCUGUAACUUUCCCAGUCUUCACACAGUUUGAAAAUGUGAAAAGCAAUCUUUUGUUCUCCUAUACUAUUUAUUUGCAGGUCCUGCAGCAGUUUUUUGUAUUUUUUUUUUCUGUUGCAUAACCUUUUUUUCUUUUUUGACUAUUUAUAAAUGUCAUUUUGGUGGGCAGUUAAAACAAGUGUCUUAAAAGUUUUAAAUGGGGAAGUGUGCUUUAUAAAAGUCGCCUAUAAAAAAGUGCUAUAUGUUCGAGCAGCUCGUGCUACAAGCUUCACUAAAAAUGUUGUAUGCAAUUUUUACUAUCAUGCAAAUAUGCUUAGGUCAAUUACUAACCCAUAGGACACAUUAGAGGGGGAAAACAUAUGCAAUAUAUGUUACAAUUAAUGUUUUCAGUGUGUCUUCCUUUAGUUUGGUAUCUGAAGCUACUCCUGUACAAAUAUACUGUAUAAAAAGUGUUUCUUUUAAUGCGUUUAUUGAAAUGAGAACAUCGGUUAUUUUGUACCAACUGUGAGGUUUUUUCUUUGUUUUGUUUUUUUUCUCUCCAUUUUCAAUAUGCAGAAAUGACCUAACUAGGCGUGAAUAUUGAUUGAAAACACAAUGAAACUGUUUGUAUUGUACAGCAAAUUCUUGGUAUUUAUAAAACACCCAACUUGAAUGGCAUUUCUUGAGAAAUGUUUCUAUUAAACAGUUGCAUUAUUACAUAUUUAACAUUCAGUUUUUAGCCGUUUCACUCGAAUACUGUUCAGUAUAAAUCUAGAUAUGAGUUAUACUUUCUGUUAACGUUUUGUGUAUGUCUUGAUUGAAAUGCAAGCCCAGAAGUCCUUUUUUUUUUAUGCCACUUGUUUGAGUUCGACGGAGUGAGAUCUCCAAGGUCUUUGUCUUGAGCUCUGUACACCUCACACUGUUUUGGAAAGCUAUGCACCCAGCAGCGACCGUGGGGAAUCGGGUCGACUCGCAGUGGACUGUGGUGUCGAGAGCGGUUCUCGCCCCGUCUUCACGUGAUGGCUGGAGUGCGUCGUGGGGGACGACAUCCCUUCUGUACACCGACUUUAACCGUCGCCAACUUGUUUGCAUGUCUUUGUCCCGAUGAGAGAAAGUAGGUUUCUCGCACACUUUGUCUUGCUGCGGUUAUUUUUAACAUCGUUCUGACUUUUGAUUUGCAACAGAAAAUAAAUGGUCGACU